GGAAAAGGUAAAUAAGGAUGAAAGGGAGAGGAAGUGAGUUAGAUUAACAAACAAACCUGGUCAUUCUUCAUUUUAUUCGGAGAGUCGUAGUUGCUGUUACCUCACCAGAAGUGUCGUGGAAUUGCGUCAUAAUUAACGUUGAUGACGAAACACGAACUGGACCUGCCAUGGAUGUAGUAGAUGGUGCAACCUACUGGUGCGAAACGCCGUUCUGGGACUGGGACGCAUUCUGGAAUGCGGAAACACCACGCUUGUGUAACUGUUUCCGCCAGUCUGUUCCGGUGUUAUUGCCAUGUGCGUUCUUGUGGUUGGCUUCAAUCUUCAACCUGAUCCGCAACAAACGGAAGGAUGGCUUCGAUGUGAAAAGUGCCCCGAGUCCAUGGACUCUUCUCAAUAUAACAAAAAUGAUUUCAACGUGUAUAUUGAUUGUGUGCACAAUGACAGAAGGUUUUUAUUUAAUCUACAAAGACUAUAACCCAAGAAUAGGAGUUUCAAAAAUAUUUUAUCUCUCAUUAUCUGUUCGUCUUAUUACAUACCUUUUUGCACUACUUCUGCAGAUUAAACAGAAAAAAGACGGGGAGCUGAAUUCUUUUACUUUGUCUAUUUUUUGGAGCUUCCUUGUUCUGGGCAACACCAUUGCAACUCCAUUCUAUGAUAUCAUUACCAAUCAAUUGAACGAAAGAAUCGAUCCCAAUUUGUAUAUUUUGGGAGUGAUAGUGUUCUGCUUUGCAUUGACGGAGGCUCUGCUCUCUUAUUUCACCGAUCCGCAAUAUGAGUACUUCUGGGACGCUGAGCGGGAUGAAUACGUUAUUGAUCAUCAACCAAUUUUAUCAAGACUGCUAUUCUCAUGGGUUUAUAGAAUAGUAUGGUAUGGUUACAGAAAUUUCAUCGAUACAGGCGAUCUAGACCAAUUAAAUCCUAGAUUGAGAUCUGCAUAUGUGCAUCAGAAGUUCCAGGAGCAAUGGGCGAAAGAAGUAAAAAUUGCUGAAGAAAUGUUUCAAGAAGAAGAAGUGGGGGAUGGCACAAAUAAGAAGAGUUCUUGUUGUAAGAGAGGACCCUCUUUGUUUCUGACUUUUGCAAGAGCGAUCUGGCCGUGGUUCUUAAUGGCCGUAUUUCUGGAGAUCAUAUACAAUUUCACUUCUUUGUUGCCUCCCAUCAUAUUGGAUUUUCUCAUCAAAUUCAUCGACAAUGACGAACCGAGCUGGCAUGGGUAUGUGUACGCAGGAUUGAUGUUUAUCCUGACACUUUUCUUAUCUUUGACGACGUGUCACCUUCAGAAUUGUCUGGUCUGGUCUUCUAUCUGUCCUAGAUCUGGUAUGAAAGCUGCCAUGUAUCGAAAAGUUUUAGCCUUGAGUAGUGGAUCCAGACGUUGUUAUACUUUGGGUGAACUGUGCAAUAUGCUUUCUGUCGAUGGACACACACUGGUACAGUUGGUAUGGGACUGCAAUAUGAUAUGGAGUUGUCCAAUGAGGAUCAUUCUGACGGUUGCGCUUUUGUGGAGGUACCUGGGUAUCGCCUCCCUCGCUGGAGUAGGCAUUAUGGUGCUAAUCAUGCCUAUAACAGCCAAGUUAGCUUCUGCAUCACAAAAAUUGCAGAAAAAACAAAUGGAGUGGAAAGAUUCCAGGAUGCGUCAAAUGAGUGAAAUUUUAAACGGGAUUAAGGUUUUGAAAUUGUUUGCCUGGGAAUUGCCAUUUACAAAGAAAAUUGAAUCGAUCAGGCAAAAGGAAGCAACUGCAUUACGAAAAUUAGCUUUCAUUAAUGGAUCUGUUAUGUUUCUAUGGAUAUCAGCACCAUUUCUCAUUGCCAUCACCUCUUUUGUGACGUAUGUGUUGAUUGAUGUAAACAACGUUCUGGACCCAAGUAUUGCUUUUGUGUCUCUCACUCUCUUCAAUACUUUGAGAACAAAUAUGGCCACAAUUCCUCAAGUCAUUGCUUCUAUCGUACAGGGUAGUGUGGCUUUCAGAAGAAUUAGAACUUUCUUGCUAUCUGAAGAGCUUCCCGAUCGAGGAACAGACGAUGAUACAGCUAUCUGUAACGCUGUUGAAAUCGAUAGUGGAUCAUUCAGUUGGACCAGUGGUGAGGCUCCGUUUCUAAGGGAUAUCAAUGUCUCAGUGGCCCGUGGAAGUCUUGUAGCGGUGGUUGGACGUGUAGGAUCAGGAAAGAGCGCUUUAUUCUCAGCAAUUCUGGGAGAGAUGUAUUCUAAUAAGGCGGCUGGUGCUCCAGUCCGCAUCAUGAAGGUGAGCUUUAAAUGCAGUGGCUGGUUUCAAUUAAAAUCUUCUUCAGUCAAUAUCGUAGAAAAUGAAAGAGGAACUAAACGGGGAAUUGGAAUGCUAAAACUUACGGGUGUGAAUCUGAGUGGUGGUCAAAAGCAGAGGGUGAGCCUGGCCAGGGCAGUUUACCAAGAUGCUGACAUCUAUCUUAUGGAUGAUCCUUUGAGUGCGGUUGAUUCUCAUGUGGGAGCUCACAUAUUCCAGCAUGUCAUAGGACCAGAAGGAGUUCUCAAGAAUAAGACCAGAAUUUUGGCAACUCAUGACCUUUCAACCCUUGAAGAGAUGGACAAGAUCUAUCUAAUGUCGGAAGGACGAAUACUGGAGUCUGGCAGUUACAGUGAACUCAUGGAGCAGAAGGGAGAAUUCGCUCGCCUCAUCGAUGACCACAGGAGAAAACAAGAUGAAGAUGAAUCUGAUGAAGAAACGGAUUAUGAAACGGAUGACAGUAUUCCUACUCCGAGAGAACUAGAUAAUCAAAGAGUAGAACAGCUUAAGAAUAUGUCAACAGAAGAACUCAAAACUCAAAUACAGAUCAAAGGUCGAAGGUUUUCCACAACAAUCUCCAAACAUUUAUCCGUCGAAGAAAAAGCAAAAAGAAUAAAACACGGAGAACUUCUCCACAAAAAAGUUCGAAUUAUUGAGAAGGAAAAAAUGGAAGCUGGAAGAGUGAGAGCAAGUGUCUUCUGGAUCUACUUUCGAUUCGCAACUGUAUCUCUUACUGUUCUAUUCCUCAUAGGAUUUUCUGCUUACAAAUCGUUCGAAAUUGGAUCAAAUGUUUGGUUGAGUGUGUGGAGCAGUGAUCCUCCAUUACCCGAUGGAUCCCAAAACGUUCCUCUUCGAAAUAUGAGAAUGGGCAUCUAUGGUCUUCUGGGUUUGGGACAAGCCUUAUGUACUCUAUCAGCUACUUUCAUUCUCGCCGUGGCUUCCACUAGAGCUUCGAUUCGUUUUCACAGAACAAUGUUAUGGAGCAUCCUAAGGUCGCCCAUGUCAUUUUUUGACACGACGCCUAUUGGGAGGAUACUAAACAG